CGCUGGAAGAGAGUCAUACUUUUACACAGAAGUUUAUACUCUGGAAGAAGAUGGCUCUUCACCACCUAUGGAUCUUGCUCCUUUGUCUACAAACCUGUCUGGAAGCAGCUGGAAGUGACACAGACAUCUUCAUGGUGAAUGGGAUUCUGGGGGAGUUAGUUACUUUCCCCUUAAACAUCCAACAAUCACAGAAAGUUAUCAGCAUUUCUUGGAAUUCCAAAACAUCUGUCGCUUUUGUAACACCAGGAAACUCAGGAGCAGCACCCACAAUUUCCAUAACCCACCAAAAUUACCAUAAACGAAUAAAUGUCUCAGGUCAGAACUAUAACCUGGAGCUCAGAAAUCUGAGGUUGGAAGACUCAGGGAUCUACAAAGCCGACGUAAAUGUAAUGACCUCUGAAAUGAUCACCACCACCACUAGGUGCUACAAUCUUCAAGUCUAUCGUCGGCUUGGAAAGCCAAAAAUUACUCAGAGUUUAAUGACAUCUGUGAAUAGGACCUGCAAUGUCACACUGACAUGCUCUGUCGAGAAAGAAGAAAAGAAUGUGACAUACAGUUGGAGUCCACUGGGGGAAGAAGGCAAUGUUCUUCGAGUCUUCCAGACCCCUGACAACCAAGAGCUGACUUACACGUGUACAGCAUGGAACCCUGUCAGCAACAAUUCUGACUCCAUCUCUGCCCAGCAGCUCUGUGCAGACAUCGCAGUGGGCCUCCAUACUCACCGCACUGGGCUGCUGAGUGGGCUGGCUGUGCUCUCUCUGCUUCUAAUCAUUCUACCUUCAGUGAUUUUGUUCCUUUUGCACAAAAGAGGACAAGGUUCCGACUUGAAGAUCUUCAGUAAGAACCCUGAUGCUGCCUCAAAGAAAACAAUAUACACAUACGUCACAGUUCCAAGAGACACCCAGACAGCAGAGCUCAGCAUCUAUGAUGAAAUCCCCCAGUCCAAGAUGGGGAAAACCAACACGCAGGACAGCAAACCUCCUGGGACUUCAAGCUAUGAAAUUGUAAUCUAGGCUCCCAGAUGGAAUUCUCCCCAUGGAAACUGAGCUACAACCAUACCUACUGGCAGAUGCUCCAGACCUAGACUUGCUCUGCCCAGAACUUACCUGGAGAUUGCAAAUCACCAGAUCCCAACACGUAAGCAAAUAAGCAAACACUUUGUUGCUGGGCAUAGCUCAUGCCUAGAUAAGCAAAUGGAUACAUGCCCUUUCUGAAAUUGCUCCCUUCCUGAUGAAUGACAAGGAAUGUCCUUUGGCACAGUGCUUCCGACCCUUCUUCACAUCGCAGCACAUGGAGAAAAUAUUUUUGUGGCCCAUUGGGGUAAACAGUCAAGAUUGCUCAUGGCUGGAGGCUGUGUAUGACCAGAGGUGAUGACUCUUCCCAGCAACCCCAUAUGUGAAGGAUCCACAUUUUGCACACCUGUAAUCUGCCAUGACACACCACUUAGGAGCCUCUUCUCACACUCAAUAUAUGGGAGGAGCCCUGGUCCAUGGCUUCCCCAAUUCCACACAGCACCUUGGGCAGAUGAGCCCCUCACUUGAGUACAUGGCUUGGCGUGUACUGCAUUUCAGUCUCUGUUUGUCCCUUUGCCUGGGAAACUUUGUUCAGGGUACACCUGGCUGGACCAGCCCAACCCUAUAUAACUGUGUGGCAUGGGAAGCCAUCAGAGUUGUAGCUCUCAGCUGUGCAGACACAGUCUCCCAAUAGAGUGUUGGAAAAUGCUCUUUCUGUAGGAACUAGACUGCUAGGGCAUUUUUCUUCAGGCUCCACUUCAGAAACCUCAUAAUAUAUUUUUACUGGCCAAGUUUUCCUUCUAUAUCACUCUGUGAUUGUUAAUUUUAUGUGUCAACUUGAUUGGACCAUGGGAUGCCCAGAUAUCUGGUUAAACAUUAUUCAGGCUGUAAGUGUGAGGGAAGAGGUAAACAUUUGAAUUGGUAGACUGAGUAAAGCAGAUUAAUAUUCCCCUCCAGUGUAGGUGGGCAUCACCAAAUCCACUGAAAACCUGAAUAGAACAAAAAGGCAGAGUAAGGGAAAAUCCAUUCUCUCUCUCUGCCUGUCUGAAAUGGGACAUCAGUCUUCUCCUGCCUUAGGACUUGCACAUGGACUGGAAUGCCCACGAUCAGCUCUCCUGGUUCUCAGGCCUUUGGACUCAGACCGGAACUAUACCAUCACCUCUCCAGCUUGCUGACUACAGAUCUUGGAAUUUUUCAAUCUCCAUAACCACAUGAGUCAAUUCCUUUAUAGCUAUUUCCUGUUAGAUCUGUUUCUCUGCAGAACCAGGCUAAUAGACACUCCAAACAGCCUCAUCAAGAAGAAGAAGCCAGGGCUUCCUGGUGGCGCAGUGGUUGAGAGUCCACCUGCCGAUGCAGAGGACACGGGUUCGUGCCCCAGUCCGGGAAGAUCCCACAUGCCGCGGAGCGGCUAGGCCCAUGAGCCAUGGCUGCUGAGCCUGCGCGUCUGCAGCCUGUGCUCUGCAAUGGGAGAAGCCACAACAGUGAGAGGCCCGCGUACGGCAAAAAAAAAAAAAGAAGUAGAAGCCAUAUCCAGUAACCUCAUUUUCUAAAAGGAAUUGCUAAGCUAUAUUUCUGGCACUUUAGGGGAACCCAACCAUCAAAACAAUAGACCUUGAAGGAAGCAGUCAUUCUCUAGAGGGAACUUCGUAGAUGACAGUAUAGAUGAUGAAAUUGGAUUCACCUCAGUUCCUAAGGCUCAUCCCAGAAAGUCGUGGAGUUCAAGCUGAUGUUAAUGACCCACCCUCUUUCCCUGACAACACUAAGGAGGAAUCACCUAUGGCUGAGCAGAACAUUGAAGUAAGCAUUUGAAAAAUUGUUUCCCUUAAGUGUUAGCAAACAUAACCAGCUAAAUCCUAAAACCCCAUGAAAAAUCCCAGGCUGGAUAGCAGAAAUAAACUGCAUUUAGGCAGAAUGAAGUUGUUAGUCCCCAUUAAUGGGUCCAUAGAACCACCUAGCCCUGACUCUCAUUAGCACUGUGUUGGGGGUUGCAAGGCCUCCAAAGAGUAAGAUGAGCAUGAUGUCUGCCCUGGUCUAACUACAGUACAAAUACUACAGUUAAAUUCUGAACUACAUGCUACAGAGAGUGGCAUGAGCUAGCACAGUCAGAAAAAAUCUUAUGGAGGAAGUGCUGCUGAAGCUGGACCUCAAAGGAUGGAUGGAAUUUGGCAGAGAAUGAAGAAGACAGAAGGCAUCCAAGUGAGGAAGGCAUGAAAGAAAGAAAAGGACUGGAUCUGUGUCAUGUAUUUGGGAUACCUCCCUGAUAUACCAUGCAUGUUCACAGUCUCUUGCCUGUGUGUGGCGCAGUGCUCAGCUGGAACGUAUGCCCCCAUCCCCUGUCCAUUUACACAUCCUUCAAGACCCAGCUCAAAUGUCACCUCAUCUAUGAAGCUUUCCUGGGUAUCACUAGUCAAAUUAACUAUGGUUCUUUUUGCACUCCUUCCCCCACCCCUUUGGUCUUUCUGUCAUUAAAACUCAUUUCAUUCUACCUUA